AUGGAUGGCCGGGAUGCUGGCUCAGACCGAAAUGGUGCGCGUCAGCCCUCAUCCCUUUUAUCUACACCUUCAGCCCCUCACUCCCCUUCACCGAGCCCCAGCCUACCUAGUAAAUCUCUUUCAUCUAAGAGCUAUGACGGCCAAGUUGAUGGUUCUUCCAAGCAAUUGAUGUCAUCCCCUGCUCAUACCCCCUCCCGCAACCCAUCUCUAUGCACAGCGAUGCAGUUGCUAUCCCUUAACCACAAGCCUUCCUUGGACACUUUCAAGCCAAAUGCACAGCCGCAGUUAUCUACACCAUCCAAGAUUCCUACCCCAGCUCGCCCCCUGAUAUCAUCUCAUACCGCGUCCUCGAUUCCCCCUUCCCCUUUCAUGCUUAAGAAAACCCGCAAGCCACGCUCCCCCAGAAAAGUGAAACGUUUUCUAACUAUAGACACUGAAGUCCAAGCUUGGGAUCAAGAUGAAAAGGAGCAGAGAAUUUCAGAUAACAUGACCCAUGUCCGAAAAAUGGUCGAAGAAAUGGUGAAGCAAACUGCUGCCAUGACAGAGACCACCGAUCUAUACAAGUCACGCACCCAAAUGCUGGAAGAGAACCAAACUAAGCUCCUACACCAAAAUGCAGACUUGCGGGUCGAACUUGAGACCACGAAAAACUCGUUGACAAAUGCUGAAUUAAAGUUGAAAGAUCUAUGCCGUGAGCAAGAAAUUGCCCUUAGUGAACUUGCAACCCAGCAUCGAAAUCAGUCUGAGAGUAUACGUCAAGAUGCUCAGGCCGAAAUCGCUGCACUUAUGCAACAGCACCGAGCCGAGCUUGCCGAGACAAGACGCAGAUUCGAAGCCGAACUUGAGGUAGAGCGGCAGCUGAGAGCACAGGAACUCGAACAGGUCGCCGCUCAGUCGUCCCUGGACAAGCAACGCGACCAGCUUGAUUUAAACAAUAAGGACCGAGAGAUACAAGAUCUACUCACCCAACAACAGAGGCUGCAGGAUGAUCUUGCGCGGGAACAUGCACUUAACAAGGAAUUACAACAAAGCUCCAUUGUGAAUGCCAAUAAUACAAUUACCCUAGAAUCAUCUAUCCGCGCACUCAAAGCAAGAAUCGAGUUUCUGGAAUCGGGGAGCAAGGAACAAUCAGACGCAUUUGCAAAACUUGAUGAAGAACUUCGUGUGGCACUAGAAGAGACCAAUGCCACGAAGGCACAGUUACGGAAGGAAGAAACUCUUCGACGAAGACUACAUAACCAGAUUCAGGAACUAAAAGGAAAUAUCAGGGUUUUUUGCCGGGUCCGUCCAGUGCUAUCCAGCGAUUCGAGUGAAAACACUGCCAAGAUAUCUUUCCCUGACCAAGAUAUGGAUUGCAGAGAGAUUGCAGUUCAAGGGCCGGAGGAGAAGUCAAGUCUAGGCCUAAUCAGUGCAAAGAAACAUUCAUUUACAUACGACCAUGUUUUUGGGCCAAGGUCGCAGAAUGCAGAAGUAUUCGAAGAAAUUAGCCAACUCGUUCAAAGUGCCUUGGAUGGUUAUAAUGUCUGCAUAUUCUGUUAUGGUCAAACAGGAAGCGGUAAAACGCACACAAUGUCCUCUGAAGACGGUAUGAUACCUCGUGCUGUUCGCCAGAUAUAUGACACCGCCCACGGCCUCGAGGAAAAAGGCUGGCAGUAUACGAUGGAGGGAAGCUUCGUCGAGGUAUACAACGAAAACAUCAAUGAUCUCCUAGGGAAAGCUGAAGAGUUCGAUAAGAAGAAACACGAAAUUAGGCAUGAUCUCCAAAAAUGCCAAACCACUGUCACCAAUGUCACCACCGUCAAUCUUGACUCGCCCGAAAAGGUGGAAUCGAUCCUUCAAAGAGCUUGGGCAAAUCGGUCUGUUGCUGCUACCAAGGCUAAUGAACGCUCGUCUCGUUCUCACUCCGUCUUCAUCCUUCGGCUCGUGGGUGACAACUCAAUAACUGGAGAGCACAGUGAAGGCAAUCUGAAUCUGGUUGAUCUUGCGGGAAGUGAGCGUCUUAGCCACAGUGGCAGUACCGGCGAAAGACUCAAGGAGACCCAAAACAUCAAUAAGAGUCUCAGCUGUCUCGGAGAUGUUAUUAGUGCUUUGGGACAGGGUAAGGAGGGUGCUCAUAUUCCGUAUAGAAACAGCAAG